AUGCCCGGGAUUUUUGAUAUUAAGGCACAUCUAGUCUUUUAUCGCAAGUACCAUUUCAACAACACCAAUGUCGCCAUCCAUCUUGUGUGUAUCCCCAUAAUCUUGCUCUCGGCAAUUAGUUUCUCAAUUGGGAAUGUGAUAUUCACUCAAUAUCCAUAUAUAACAACCGGAGUCGUUGCAGCUUGGUUAUACGGAUUGUAUUACGUGAUACUAGACUGGCAAUUGGGGGUGCCAGCCUUCUUAUUCCUAGCAGGCUUCGCUCACGUGCAGCGAGUCUAUUACCUGGAGUUGAGUCCCUCCUCACUCAUCCUGAGGAGUCUGUACAAACAAAUAGCCAUAACAGCUCACAUAAUAAGUUGGCUUGCUCAGUUCUAUGGCCAUGCUGUGUAUGAAAGAAGGGCCCCCGCUUUGUUUGACAACUUGCUCCAGGCCGUGGUGUUGGCACCCUUCUUUGUGGUAUACGAGAUUGCUUUUUGGCUCGGCUUCAAGCUUGACAUAAAAAAAGAGAUGGAUAACCAGGCGGGGAAAUUUGUUAGCGAAAUGUCGAAAAAAAAGAUCUGA